CAAAUGGAAGUCCCCAUUGGAUCCCUAGCAAAGCUCUGGAGCUUCAUCUCUUUCCUACCUUUCUUUUCCCUUCUCCUCCUCCUUGGCAUCCUCAAAGCUGUGGUUAUUGGUCCAAUUGUAGCUGCCAUAAUUUUCAUUGGAAACUCUGCUGUGAUCAUUGGUCUUUGGCCUGCUCAUUUAUUAUGGACCUACUACUGUGUCAUCAAAACCAGGAGAUUUGGACUUACUCUGAAGAUGCUAGUGCUGGUAGUUUUGCCAGUUCCAUUGGUUUUAUGGCCUGUUCUUGGUGUUCUAGGCAGUCUUGCGCUUGGUAUAGGAUACGGAUAUUUCACUCCUCUAAUUGCAACAUUUGAGGCUGUUGGCGAACAUGUAGCGGACAAGCUCUAUCACUGUUUCAUUGAUGGAUGCUGGAGCUCCAUCAGAGGAGGCUGUACAGUGGUCAGCGACUUCUUGGAUGUCUGCUUCCACUCCUAUUUCUCGUAUAUGGAUGACCUGAGUGAAAACAUAGAAGAUGAUGAGAAGCCUUUGGACGUUGAGUUGACGAAGAUACCUGGUUGUGUACUUGUUUGCCUCCUCGCAUUGCCAAUUGAUGUGCCUGUGAUAAGUACUUUAGCAGUUUUCAAGAGCCCUUAUAUGUUGUUGAAAGGAUGGCAAAGGCUAUUUCAUGAUUUGAUUGGAAGGGAAGGACCUUUCCUUGAGACGGUUUGUGUGCCAUUUGCUGGUCUUGCUAUCAUUUUAUGGCCAAUUGCGGUGACUGGAGCUGUCGUCACUGCAUUUAUCUGCAGCUUCUUUCUUGGAUUCUAUGGAGGAAUUAUUGCUUACCAGGAAGAUUCACUAAAAAUGGGACUUGCAUAUAUUGUAUCUGUGAUUUCUUUGUUCGAUGAGUACACUAAUGACUUACUGUACUUGAGGGAGGGCUCUUGUUUUCCAAGGCUGAAUUAUCGGAAGCACCAAAAUCAUUCUGCCACACCUGAAACUGAAAGAAAAAAACUGGGUGAACAAUAUAAGGUUGAGAAUGAUAACUUGAGAUUAAAUGUCAAUAGAACAAAGUUGGCUCCUCAGCAAUCAAAGACACUGAAGAAGGCCAUUCAACAGCUGGAACCGAUUCAAAUAUGGGAUUGGCUCUUCAGAUCUUGUGAGCUAAAUGGAAGGAUACUGAUGAGUGAAGGCUUAAUCCGUUUGGCAGACAUCGAGGAAUGUAUCAUCAAAGGAAGGUGUAAGAAAUUAAGCAUAAGAUUACCUGCAUGGUGCAUUCUACAUUGUCUUCUUCAAUCAGCAAAGUCUGACUCACAUGGUUUACUAAUAUCAGAUGGAGUGGAGCUAACAGACUUCAACUGGCCAAAAGAUAAAGUACUCGAAUGGUUGCUUGGACCACUAAUUAUAAUGAAAGAGCAAAUUAAACAACUCGCGUUGGAAGAAAAUGAGGAAAAUUAUUUGAGGAAGCUGAUCAUGGCAUAUAACAAUGAUAAGCUGGAGGACUGGGAUGAAAGCGGUUUUCCAUCAGACGAUAAUGUCAGAAGAGCUCAAUUACAAGCUAUAUUAAGAAGGUUGCAAGGAAUUGUUGCAUCGAUGACUCGAAUCCCUGGCUUUCGCCGAAGAUUCAACAACUUGAUCAAGGCUUUUUAUCUGGAUUCGGUAAAUGCCGGUUCUUCGAAUCAAACAGGAACAAAACUUAAAUCCAGAAAGAGCAAAGACGACGAUAAUAACAAAAGGAAAGCGAGAUCAAACUCACUUGAUAUUUCAAGUAGCAACAGAGAAAUUGUAUAAUUAGAGUUUAUGUUUUUUCAGUAAAUCUCUAAACAAACAGACAGAAUUUAGAGAUGAAAUUAAGCAUGCUUGUUGUGAUGCUCUCUCUUUUAAUGGAUUCCGUAUUUUGAUCCAUGUUUGAAUAGUUUAUGAUGCUUUUCAUUAAGCAAGCAAUGGUUGAAGGUUGUG